AUCAGUGCAGCUAGAAAGAACAGACCACUAGUGUGUCGCGAAAAGCUGUGAAAAAAGUGUAAUCUAGCGACCUAGCGCUACCUUCUACGUUCGGAAUAAUGAAAAUAUUUUAAACCUUGAACGUGCGAAACUGAUGUUUUUUAGGUUUCACGCAUGACUUUGCCUUUUGAUGUCGCGCGUCACAUAUAAACCAUAUACUUCGCCACGACGAACCGACGAACUUGCGAAAAGAGAUGGGGACCGACAGAAAUUGGCCUAGGCGCAAGCUAAAGUGCGCGAGCCGGGCGGAAAUAUUGCGAUCGCAUCAACGAGAUGACGAUUUCGUGAGAUACCUGCAGGAGAAGCUGUCUGAGAUAUCGCAGAAUUUCGGACUCCAUAGAACAUUGCUCCAGUAUAUUCAGCCUGACAUUCCGCUUAAAUUAUUAUACUUUAUUUUCACAUCCGGCAUGGGUAAUCAAACGCUGGGCGAGGAGUAUACCGGUAUAGUACAGGCGAAUUUGGAGCAGCGGAGAAUUCCGACAUUAACUGUGAGAGUAUUAGCUGCAGUUUUAGAAUGCCUCGGCGAAAAAAUGUUGCUCAAAUUGUUGCAACAGUUGCAAGCGUAUGUGAAUCAUCCACGUAGGGAGUUGACCCCAGCGGCAAUUACAUUUUUCAACACUUUACUGUCCAAGUUGCGUACAAUGAUACCCAUAAUUGUAUUGUUUCACAAAGGGUUAUUUUAUAUUUAUGGUAGAUACUAUAGUCUGGGUAGAAGAAUUGCUGGAUUAGAUUAUACAAAGGUAUAUGGCCCUCGACCAGUAGAUACUGUCAGCUGGGGAUUAAGACUAUUAGGAAUUGCUACUUUAAUCCAAUGUCUAUUGAAAAUUUGGCAGAGUGGCACAGUGCAGGACACUACCACUGUAAAUACAUUUAAUGCCAAAUGUAGCAGUCACAAUUGUCAAUUGUGUCUCGAGGCAACAGCAACAACUGCGACACCAUGUGGCCAUCUGUUCUGCUGGAACUGUCUUGGCGAGUGGUUGCGUGUUAAACCACAAUGUCCAUUCUGUAGAGAAUAUGUUUCACCAUCGAGAAUUGUCUAUCUGAUGAACCUGUGAUUUUCUGUGAUAAUUAUGUGUGCAUAUUCUUUGAAUGUACAUAUAAUGUAAUGGACGCAUAUAUAUAUAUAUAUAUAUAUAUAUAUCAUGUGUGUGUAUGUGUGAGAGGGGGCAAAUUUGUAAUUUUUAAAUAAUUAAUAUAUUUUCAAACUAAAUAUGUCUCCAGUAUUACAAUAAAAAUCUAUUUUACUUAUUUUUCUUUUGACAAAAUUUAAUGUUUUAAAAUUUAAGAUUUCCAAAACUAUUUAUUGAAAGAUUCAAGUCCUUUUUAUCUGUAAGCUUAUUAAGAUAUCGAGACAAUCAAUUAAUAAGAAUUAAUAUUAAUUUUAUAUAGGAAGACAUAAAAGUAACAUUUACCUGUAGACAUACAAAAAUAUCAAGUAUUUUAUUCAAAUAUUUCGGCACAUAUACUACAUAUUAUGUAACAGUCCAAUCUUGUGAAAAACAUUAUGUACAAUAUACAAUAUCUUUUCAUUA